CUCAUCUUCACGCAACUGCUGAACUCAAGUCCAAGAACCCAGCAGCUCCAAGCACCUCUGGGUGGGAAAGAACAGAGAGGAUGGCUUUAAACGACUCUUUCCUGUGGCACUUAAAGGUCGACUCCCAGACGGCCUGCAAUGACUCCAAUCACAGCAUGGAUGCCCCCACGAAUGAUGACUGGUUCCAUCCAGAGAUCCUUUAUAUCAUCCCUGCCGUGUACGGGGUCAUCAUCCUCAUAGGGCUCGUGGGCAACAUCACCCUGAUCAAGAUCUUCUGUACGGUCAAGUCCAUGCGCAAUGUACCCAACCUGUUCAUCUCCAGCCUGGCUCUGGGGGACCUGCUCCUCUUGGUGACCUGUGCUCCCGUGGAUGCCAGCAGGUACCUGGCUGACCGAUGGCUGUUUGGCAGGAUUGGUUGCAAAUUGAUCCCCUUCAUCCAGCUCACCUCGGUGGGGGUGUCGGUCUUCACGCUCACAGCUCUCUCUGCAGACAGAUACAAAGCCAUUGUCCGGCCCAUGGACAUCCAGGCCUCUCAUGCUCUAAUGAAGAUCUGCCUCAAGGCUGCCUUGAUCUGGAUCAUCUCCAUGCUUUUGGCUAUCCCAGAGGCAGUGUUCUCUGACCUACAUCCCUUCCAUGAAGAAAGCACGAACCAGACCUUCAUCAGCUGUGCCCCAUACCCACACUCCAAUGAUCUGCACCCAAAGAUCCACUCUAUGGCUUCCUUCUUAGUCUUCUACAUCAUCCCACUGUCAAUCAUCUCUGUCUACUACUACUUCAUUGCCAAAAAUCUGAUCCAGAGUGCUUACAAUCUGCCCGUGGAAGGCAAUAUACACAUUAAGAAGCAGAUUGAAUCCCGGAAGCGCUUGGCCAAGACCGUGCUGGUGUUUGUGGCUCUCUUCGCUGUCUGCUGGCUCCCCAACCAUGUCAUCUACCUGUACCGCUCCUACCACUACUCAGAGGUGGACACCUCCAUGCUCCACUUUGUCUCCAGCAUCUGUGCCCGCCUCCUGGCCUUCACCAAUUCCUGUGUGAAUCCUUUUGCCCUCUACCUACUGAGCAAGACUUUCAGGAAACAGUUCAACACUCAGCUCCUCUGUUGCCGGCCUGGCCUGCUGGGUCGCUCCCAAAGCACCGGCAGAAGUACCACGUGCAUGACCUCCUUCAAGACGACGCAUCCCUCCAUGGCCACCUUCAGCCUCAUCAAUGGAAACAUCUGUCAUGAGGGGAGAGAGAGGCACCUUAGCAAGCACACUGCUCUACAUCACAAAAAAAGUGGAAGUCUAAAAUGAGAAGGACAAGGGCCUCGGGGGCUGAAACAAGAGUGACAGGCCCACUGGAUUGAGAUGAAAUUUGAAUAGAGUUCUGGAAC